CUCGAUACAAACAAAAACACAUCCAAACUCUUCGUUCCGAUCAUCUCUCCUUGGAAGUUGAAGGCGCCGGUUCACAGGGAUCAGCAUGCCGAGCGUUCUUGGGAUUUAUGCCUCGGAGGAUUCCUCCAACACUUAUCACACACCAGCGAUGUCCAGAAGAGGACCUAAUUUGUCGCUCAAACAACGCGGGGAUUCAAACUAUCUCAAGGUCGAGAAUGAUGGCCCUCGCACCAACACACAACCCCAACGAACACCCCAGAUACGCGACCGGAUGAUUUCUCAUCUCAGUCCAGCAACAUCAGCAAUACCGUCACUUGAUGCAGGUUCUUCGCCUUCAUCUCACAUGACAAGGUCGCCAGUAACUCCCAACAAACGGACUCCAUACACUCCUGCAUCCUUCACUAGUCGUCUGAUGACCCCGAUGGAACGCUAUUCUCCAGGCUAUGGUGCUAAGGACCAAAAACAGAUCGCCAUGUAUCGGGGGGAACAAUUCAUUCAUCGGUGGCUACAAUCAUCCUCGAGGACGUCACUCUCGCCUGAUGCACAUUCCAUAUCACUCGUUAAGUCCCCCAAGUCACACAAUGGGAAUAUUCUUCAGAAGCCUGCGGGUCUCCAGCGAACCAAUUUAUUCCUGUUAGAUGCUGCGUCAGUUUCUCAGUAUGGGAGUCCAUUGAAUUUGUUCACUGAACCCUCUAUCGGGCUAAAUCUCGAUCUUCGCAACUCUUCACCUGUUCAGCAUGUCCCUUCAUCUCGCCAAUCUUCUCGGCUUAUUAAUCCGUUUGGAGACGCGUGCCUAGAUGGCCUUCUUUACAUACCUGAGAUUGACGGUGACCUGAAUGACGAGCGUAUUCUUCGUCGUAAUCGUCUCAAUCCUUGGCCCUAUGACCGAAAACCUCUACAUUAUUGCAUCCCUCACUCCUUGCGUUCUGUUGGCUCACUAGCGUCUCGAAGCAGGAAGGCUUCCGUUUUCAAAUCAAGUCCCGCUUUUUCGCGUAGUCUCUCGUUGGGUCUUCUUAGGGGAAGGAAGUUUUUCUCACACCGAUCCAAGUUUGAACAAGAUCGUUUCCCCAAUUCACAAGUUCCCCACCCCGACUGGGGCUCCUUUCCAUUUACAUCGGCUGACGAUGAUCUUGAUUCCGACGAAGAGGACAACGACGUUGACAUAUGGCUUGCUCGUGUGGUGCGUAGGAACAACCGUGAUGCGCGUGAUGCGCUUGCUGUUACUCAGGGAUGCAAUCGCGCCAUGACUGUCGAGGAAUAUGAACGAAAUGGAUCUUGGAUUUUUGAACACGCUUGGCAAGAGGAUCUUUCAGCCUUUCGGAAAGCAAGAAAAGAGAACGAGAGAUCCGGAAAGGUAACUUCUCCCUUCCAAGAACACUCGGGAUCUCUCCAGGCUGCUGUUGCAGUGAAUCCUUCUCGUCCUCGCUCGCCUUAUCUCAGUCGACUCCCUGGCUUUGAGGCAGCUCUCGUCAGCGACUCCCUCUCUCGUUCUGCGUCUUACUCGCCAGUCUCUGCGUCCGCUAAUGUCGGUCUCAAUUCUGGUCGUCGGAUGACCACAGCUUCGUCUUUCUUGCAAAAAAUAGGUAUCAAGGUUCGUAACACGUUCAAAGGGCCGUUUGAGCGAAUCGGCAAGUUUCGCCGUCUGGAGACGCCCUCCGUCGUUAAGAAGCUGCCCGAUACUUCGCCAUGCGACCCAGCCUCGCCUCUCACCCCGGCUCUCGUUCAUUCACUGAGGGAAUCUUUGGCGCCUACCUCUCCAUUCACUAUUGGAUCUUUUGGAUCUUCCGAUUCGCAACUGUUGCCCAAUACGGUGACUCCUAGUCUCACGCCUGGAGGAACACUUAGCGACGUGUCUUGCGACGAUAAUUUCUUCUCUCGCUCAUCUUUGCGUGUUCCGCAAGAGCAAAGUGUGGUGAUCAGGAAUGGAGAUGGGCCAAGGAAUUUUGGAAUCGGCCUUGAUAAUGAAUAAUCCUGACGGAACGUAGCCUGGGUUCCGCAUCACUUGACUGGCAUGUAUGGUCGAGCUGGGCUCGCGGGCAUUGCAUUUGGUUUCUGUAUGAAUACUCGUCGUUGGACGUGUCUGUACUGUUUGAUAUUUUCCCAUUCCUGAUUCUCCUUAUUCCUAAUU